AUGUCUCCACCGGACAAGACCGUCGCGUUCAUCGGCCUGGGGGUAAUGGGUUUCCCCAUGGCGCUGAAUCUCCGCAAAGGCCUCGACUCUACCCACACCCUCCUCAUCUGCGAGGUAUCCAGCUCGGCUCUCUCGCGCUUCCAGCAAGAAGCCGCCGACCAAGGGCCCGUCGAAGUCGUAAAAACAGGGUAUGAAGCAGCGCAAAGAGCAGACACCGUCAUCACCAUGCUUCCCGACUCCAACGCCGUGAAGCAAGUGUACCUCGACAAAGACAGGGGCGUGCUAGCCGGGGUGGAAGAUGCACCAGCGGCAUCUUCUACAGCGCGGAAACUCAUUAUGGAAUGCGGCACCAUUGAAACCAGCACGAUACUAGAAGUCGCCAGGGCAGCAGAAGCAUCUCCCGCCGCCAGUAGGUUGGCAUUUGUCGAUGCGCCCGUGUCAGGCGGACCGAUGGGCGCGCAAGACGGCACGCUGGCCUUCAUGGCGGGCAUAAACACCAAGGAGAUAUUCCCCACGGCGAAACAAUAUCUCAGUUACAUGGGACGCCCCGACACGAUUUUCCUGUGCGGUGACGUGGGCGCCGGCACCGCCUUCAAAGUCAUCAACAACUACCUCAGCGCGAUAACGUCGCUCGCGGCCUCGGAGGCGCUCAACAUCGGCGCCAAAAUGGGGCUCGAUCUCGCGCUGCUAACCGACGUCAUCAACGUGUCUGGCGGCCAGUGCUGGGUGACGAGUAAGUCGAAUCCCGUGCCGGGGAUCCAGGCCAAUGUGCCGAGUUCACGGGGAUAUGAAGGUGGGUUUCGCAUUGAGCUGUGUGCAAAGGUGCUGCAGAUGGGGAGCCAGUUGGCGGAUAUGGUCGGCGCGAAAACAGUGCUGGAUAAACCGACUUUGGAGGCGUUUGGAGAGGUCAUGCGGGAUGAGAGGUACAAGGGUAAGGAUGCGAGGGUCGUGUAUAAGUGGCUGAAUGAGAGUGAUGAGACGUAG